AGCUAGGGAAGUGCAGAUAUCGUGUAAAGUGUAAACGUCUUUAUGUCUUGGCUCCUGAAAGAAAACUCAGUAGAUGGCGCUAGACGUCAGCGGAUGCCGGAUGUUAUUGAUUUGGCGCGAAGUGGUGGAGUGAGCGGUGAAAAAUAAAAAAAUGUUAUUUCUAAUUUUGUGAAAUAGUUUUACGUUUUACGGUGUAUUCAAUACUUAACUAGUUUGAAAAAAGAUGUCACACGCAAGUUUAUUAGGUAAAAAGAGCGAUUAUCUAGAAAUCGGUGAAUACAAUUUUACGUGGCCAGGAUAUAAUGGGACUUUUCACGAUUUUGGCUCAGUAAAUUACACAAUGCCGUCAGGCCCAUGGUACUGGCCUUGGUGCCCUUUAUGGAGAAUGCCGCAACAUCCUUUAUUUCAGUUGUCAAAUGUGCUAUUUGUUGCCUCGUACUGUGCACCAAGUACAAAAAGGGGACAACUUUGGAUGCACACCAUACUAAUAUUUGCUUUUAUGUUGUAUUCAAUAUGGGCUUGGCAUGUGAUAUGUUCACCGGAUGCUUUCUCAUGGAAUUUUGGAUUUGUGUUCCUCAACUUGGCUCAGGUUGUCUACCUGGUUUAUGAAAUGAGGCCAGUUAAGUUUGAUCCUGAGUUGGAGGAAGUAUAUCAUACGCUCUUUGAACCAUUUAAGGUAUCAAGAUUGCAGUUUAAACGUAUGGUGUCGCCUGACUUCGCUCAUGUGAUGUCGUUGCACGCGGGCGAGGCGUACGCGAUGCAAAACCUUACAAAGACUGACCGACUUGGCCUUCUACUGUCGGGAAAAGUAAACGUGAUGAGUGGUCAUCAAUUUCUUCACCCAAUCCUACCCUGUGAGUUCCUAGAUUCUCCCGAGUUUGAGUCUAGUCGAGCUACCAUCGAUGAAAAAUUCAAGGUGUCAAUAGUAGCAGCGUCAUCAUGUCGUUACGUGUACUGGCAGCGGAGUUCCCUGGAGUACUUAUUUGUUAAAGAGCCAUACUUGGCUUGUGUUGUGACCACACUGAUAGCGCGAGACAUAACCACUAAGCUGUACGCGAUGAAUAACAAGAUAGUGACAGAGAGAGGGUCGCACCUGGACAUCCGCCUGCCGAGCAUAUCGCACGCGCUCGCCCGCAGCCCGCGGCGCCUGCGCUCGGCCAGCAACCCGCCGCCGCCCACCACUGUGCAGCCCGUACCGCCUCAGAAGAGACCGAAUUGCUGGACGCGCGAAGCAGACGUUAUUACGAACAAUGUUAAACGUAAUUGUAUGCCCGCCCCCUCGUACAACGGGGGUGAUGAAGAACUGAUGCCUCUGGCAGCUCACGAGGCGCCCGCUGCCUCCUCUGACGACCUGUCUGUAGCGGACAGCUGUCCCGACACCUCCUCCAAAUACCACAGCUGUGAAGCCGUGGAGACUGACGACGAACUUAGACAUUAAAACAUGAAUAUUUAUAUAUGUAAUACUAUAUUAAAAAGAUAAA